AUGUUUGAUGUUGCGAUCUUCUCCGAGCUAGGGAAGGUUGGUGCAGGGGUGGUUGCUCUAAAUUCUGAUGGCCAAUGUCAUCUCGAUGGCCACCAGGUUCCCUUUUAUUCUGAUUGGAUCGCCGGACGUCUGCACCAUUCGCCGGCAUCUCGAUGGACGACGCUGCUGGAUCUGGAGAACGACGUCCGCGCCGGCGAUUAUGUGACGAUAGGCGACCAGGUGAGGGUUGCAUCGUAUGCAGAUGGCGGCGUCAAGAAGCCCCACCGUUUCCGCCCCGGCACCGUCGCGCUCCGUGAGAUCCGCAAGUACCAGAAGAGCACGGAGCUGCUCAUCCGCAAGCUCCCCUUCCAGCGCCUCGUCCGGGAGAUCGCCCAGGACUUCAAGACCGACCUCCGCUUCCAGUCCUCCGCCGUCUCCGCGCUCCAGGAGGCCGCCGAGGCGUACCUCGUCGGGCUCUUCGAGGACACCAACCUGUGCGCCAUCCACGCCAAGCGCGUCACCAUCAUGCCCAAGGACAUCCAGCUCGCCCGCCGCAUCCGCGGGGAGCGCGCCUAGGUUUGGGGUCGCUGCUGUCUAGUAGCUGUUCUUGUCUUAUGAUCUGAAUGUGUUCAGAGCGCUUCUGUUUGUUGGUGUUGAUAUGAUGUACCGUGAUGCUUGAAUGAAAUUGCAAUGGAAAAGUUCAGUU